UGGUGUUGUGCUAGAGGGAGUGGGAGAGGAGGGUGAGGGGUACCCACAAAGAUGUUGCGUGAUUUUUUGUAAAUUUAUUUAUUUAAAUAAAAAUGGCCGCCGCAGAGAGCGGAGAGGAGAGACUAGGUGUGGACAAGAAUGAAGACCAGGAGGGCUCAAAAGACAAGACGCAGAAGCAGAAGAAAAACAAAAGGGAACGGCAAGAUGUGGAAAAACUCGAGGCCACAGUGUCCGUUCCUCCACCCCCGCCCCUCCUUACGCAGGGGGAUGUUGGACAACAGACAGAGGCAGGGAAGUCUGAACCCACUGACCCUGAAGUUGGAGCUGCUCUCAGCGCUCCAGAAUCUUCCGCAUCGGCCAAGCAGCGGCGUUCCAUCAUUCGGGACAGAGGCCCACUGUAUGAUGACCCUUCACUGCCUCAAGGUUGGACGCGCAAGCUGAAACAGCGCAAGUCGGGGCGAUCCGCUGGAAAAUUUGAUGUCUACCUGAUCAACCCAGAAGGGAAAGCCUUCCGUUCCAAAGUGGAGCUCAUGGCGUACUUCCAAAAGGUGGGCGAUACCACCACAGAUCCUAAUGACUUUGACUUCACAGUCACGGGCCGCGGGAGCCCCUCUCGCAGAGAAAAGAGACCGCCAAAGAAGCCUAAAGUGGUCAAACCCUCCGGUCGCGGGAGGGGUCGGCCAAAAGGCAGUGGCAAGGUACGGCAGGCCACGGAAGGGGUGGCUGUAAAGCGUGUCGUAGAAAAGAGUCCAGGAAAACUCCUCGUAAAGAUGCCCUUUGUGGCCCCCAAAACUGAACCAGGGGCUCCAGUGGGGCAAGCGCCAGUUGCCAAAGUGCGCCGAGGCCGCAAGCGGAGAUCUGAACAGGAACUGCCAAGCAUGCCCAAAAAACGUGGCCGCAAGCCAGCAGCCGCUUCGCAAUCGGCGGUGGGGACAGGCUCAGCCGCCGCGUACGCCGCCGCAGCCAUCCUCACCGCCGAGGCCAAGAAAAAAGCUCAGAAGGAGUCUUCCGUAAAGCCUGUUCAGGAGAGGGCGCUUCCCAUCAAGAAACGCAAAACUCGAGAGACUUUAGAGGGGUUGGAAGGAUCAACCGCUUCCACGACGGAGACGUUCGCACCGGGGAUAGCAAAACGACUGACUGCAUCAACUGUGACCCCUACAGGGGAGGAGGUAGAAACGGGACAGAAGUCUCACAAGCAUCCCGGCCGGAAGCACAAAGAGGCAUCCACGGAUCCGGGAAACGGCAGCAGCAGCAGCGGGACGGCAACCAGCGGCAGCGGACCGAAGAGUCACAAGAAGAGAGAUCAGCGAGGGCAGCACUUUAAACACCACCACCAUCAUCACCACCACCAUCUGCAGGCCAUGCCGCCCUCCACCUACACUCCGCAGGCUCACCAGCUCUCCCUGGGUCACUCCACGCAAGGGGGGCCGCCUGCGACCACGGAAAAUGAACCCCAAGACUUGAGCACCUCCAGGCCCAAAGCGGAACAUGUGGCCUGCAGGGAGGAAGCGAGAACUGAUAGCUCCUCGAGCAGGGACGCUCAGAACGCAAGCAAGAUGGCCUCCUCUGACCUGAGAGGGCAGCAGACGACUGUGACGGGGGAUGGCAAGGAGCUGAGAGACAUUGUUCCUCCCUCCGCCGUUCCGAGGCCGAGCCGAGAGGAAACGGUCGAGUCCCGGACACCAGUGAGCGAGCCAGUGAGCUGACUGACUAAGUGACUGAUUGGCAGCGGCUUUGCGUGCGAAGAGUCGGAGGCGGUCGUGGCGAGACGAGUGAUUUUUCGUUCUUUUUUACUGAGGAAAAAAAGAAAAAGGAAAAAAAAAUGUAAACGUACUUAAAGGCAGCUGUUGUGUCUCGUUCUCUCUGUGGGUUGGACGCGGGGCGAUCAUUCUCUUUGCUUCCGGAUGAAUUCUCUGCUAAACUUUUUCUUUAUGGUUUCCUUUUAUUUCCCACUAUAUCUUUGUAUUAGUAUAUCUUAGCACUCACCUAAACCAGUUAUUCCUUUGUCGGAGCUUGUAGGAAGUAGAAACACACUCAAGUGGUAAUGGAUGCACAAGUCACACGCCAUAGUUGUCGUAAAGCGAAACUUUCCGAUCAAAAAUGCUCUCGAAAGUACUAAAAUGCCUCCUAGUCAUGUCAUCUCAACCCUAGCAAAAAGGUGUACUAUCAGUGUGUUCUUCCUUUUGUGUCUAAAACGAAUGGGCAAGUCUGACGGCAAGCUGAAGAAAAUAGGGCCACAUUUCCGAUCUCCACCUUUUCCAUUUGAGUCGGACGCAGCUGUUGCAGCAUCCUCACCUUUGAAAUAAGACGCUAGCUUAACUCCGACAGAAAAGAACUUCCUAGUUGUGGGUUCGUGCCAAGCUGAUAUUUCCAGCCUGUUGACCUGUAAAGAUCAAUUGAAUUUGGAAGUAGUAUUUCCUUUGAGUUGUUGGUCUUUUAAGCGCACGUGUCUAUUAAUUAUCAGUAGUUCAGUUAACUUAAUCACCUGUUUCGGCUGUGCCUGAGAAAAUGCGACUAGAGCGAAAAGCUCUAUUUUUCAUUUUCUCCGGUGGGGAAGAUAAAGCACAAAUGUGUUUGUUAGGGAAUAUUGAAAGCACAGUCCAGUGUAGCAUCUGGAGUAGAUGUCAACUUGCGUAAAAGAAUACGGAAAAAGGAAUGUGUUAUGUUUACCUGCUUUUUUUCCAUGAAGUACAAUUUAAAGAGUGGCCUUGUGUUCUUGCGACACAAAUCCCUAACAAAAAAAAAAGCAUACCGUUUCAAAUGAUGUAGCUUUUGGUUUUAUUGUGUGUGUGUGUGGUUAUAGACUAAUGCCAUAGAGCUGCUGUUCUAAAAACUAUUCUGAUGGGAAAGUUAAUAGAUGGCUAUAUUUAUAUAAUGUCUUGUCAGGCUGUAGCCGUGUCAAAUGCAUGGGUUGCUGAUGUUUGCGUGCUUUGCGUGCUAUUUAUUACAGUACUCCGACAUUGUCUUUCUUGUACAUAAAGCCAGGUUCAGCACUAACGAUGAGGGUCAAACGUUAUAGAUACGUAAAUAUUUUGAAUUAUGAGUAUAAUGAAACAUUACUUGGCAACAAAUGAAAGAAAAACUUGCAUACUUUGUACAAGACCAUGCAAUCAUGAAUAGUCCUAUUAGUUUUCUAAAGCCUACUUUUUCAAAAUGACAGAGAACAGUUGCAAUCAGAAAGGAGGACACCAAAUCACGGCUCCGUGCAUGAAGUUGUUAGAGAUUGGACAUACUAAAGAUGUCUUAGUAAUUAAUUUGAUUGUUCCUUUGGGAUGAAAUGUAAUCCUAAGGAAAUUCUGAACCAAAACUGAGGAAGUUCUUCUUUGUUGAUUAUGUAAAAUUGAUUAGGAUUUUACAGAAACUUUACAGCACUUUUUCUGUUUCAUUUUUGUUUCUUCUUCUAGAUGAAUUGCACCUUACUUUAAAAGCACCUUCACAGAAUCAAAUAUUGCAAUUGUGAGAAGCCUACCCAUUUAUUUGCAUAUGUUUUUCUGGUUAGCCUUGCACAGACUUCUGUUUCAUGUCUGGAGGUUGUAAUUUUCUUCAGAUGUGUGUUAGAAUAGAAUGCAUGUUCAGUGUCGUUAUAAAGAGCCAUUGUUUUGUUUAGAUUUGCUUUUUCUGUAAAAAUACCCCAUAUUUACCAAAUUGUCAUGCAUAAAGGCUACAUUUCACUAAUAAUAGUGAUGGGUCAGGUCCGAGGCGAGUCAAAGUCCUUAGUCAAUUGAAUUUGAGUGGGAAACAGUUUUUAAUGUCUUGUCAUCUUAAUUUUAUGUUGUUACUUAUUUUUAUCUAUCAUGUUACGCAUGACGUGGAUUCGACUGUAC